CCUCCGCCGGUAAAGUAGUUCCGUACCAACACAAAGCGCCCCGUGCGUCGCUGCACUGUAUCUUGGAGAAGCCGCGUCGCAGACAGAGGGCCGGACGCUGCUAAGAACUACGACUAUUGCUUUUGCUACUGUCGCUGUCGCGCACCUCCUCCUCCUGAAAAGCAGAGAAGAGACAUAUCCCUCCGCCUGCCCAGCUGAGGCUGGACCGUGACGCCGCCGACGCCACCUUCGCUGCCUGCCCGGACAGACGGAGACAAAAAGACUCCCCCCCCCCCGCCCCCGGGUAAGGCCGUCCCGGCUGAACGCCUUCGCUCAGCUCUGCGUUUUCCGGGGAGCGGGGCCGUUGCCCUCCUUGGACGACUCGAGGUCCUGGUUCCCGCCGCCCUCACAAGCCUCCCCCGCCUUCCCGGUCGCCUUUCGCCCGAGGAACGGGCCGAGGCAGGGAAGGGCCCCGGGAAAGGCGAGAGAGGCCCGGAGGGGCCGCCGCCUGAAGCUGCCUUCGGCCAGCCGGUGGCGGGAGGCGCGGGCGAAGAAGAGGCGCUUCCUGGUCCGCGGCUGGCGGGCUCGGCCUCUGCCCAGCCUGACCGCUCGCCUUCCCUUCCGGCUCUUGCUCCUGCCGCUGGCCGGGAAUGGCUCCUCCUUGGGGCCUGUAGCACAUCGAAACUGGCUGUCUGGGCCACGGGUCGGGCGGCGCUGGUGUUUCGCCUUUGGGGUCUCUGAACCCGGAGCGGGCAGCUGCCUGUGUCUAGCCGAAAGCGAAGCCGUUGCCGGAAGAAGAGUUGAGAAUUGCCUUCGUGCCUCUGUAGUUCAACUACUUGCAAACUCCCCCACCCUCUUGGAGCAAAUCCUCCACCAGCUCCCACAUAGGUGGGAGCUGAGCUCUCUACCGCUUCCAGUGCUGAAAAGCGGGGCAGGUUUGUCCUCCAGGGAUUGAAACUGGUUAAAGAGAUCCAAGGUUGUGAGCUGCCCCUUGUGCUGUAUAUGGUUGGGCCUGGCUGAUCAAAUCAUGUACAAAAGGGGAAAAAACCAGAAAUCUGUUGCUUGCACAGAUGAAAGUGCUCUACACAUACAUACAGACAAAAACACACACACACAAAGCAUUUCUUAAAUAGGUUUUGGCAUACUGUACUAUUACACACACUUGAGUCUGUAUGGGCUCUGUUUAAAAAUGGCUGGCAUUUAUAGUCUAUUCAAACAUUUAUUCUUGCUGUAUACAAAAAUUCGCAUUAAAAUUACUUAUAUUUGCUUGUUUGCUUUAUUAUAUAUUUGCAACGGAGAUAAAACAUUACAGCUCGCAACCUUUCCACAUUCAAACCAAUCCAGAUCCUGAGAUCUGAGACCAUUCACUGUCUGCCUCUCCAAAAGAUGUUCAGCAGGUAGCAACAAGAGAACAGAUUCCCCCCCCCCCCGUUCCAAUUGUGAAAUGCUCCAGCACCAUGCAAAAAAUAAAUUGAUUAAUUUAAAAAAUGUCCAGUAGCACCUUAGAGGCUACCUAAGUUUGUUCUGGGUAUAAGCUUUCAUGCACAUGCACACUUCUUCAGAUACCUACGAAACCUUAUACCCAGAACAAACUUAGCUGGUCUCUAAGGUGCUCCUGGACAAUUUUUUUAUUUUAUUUUGACUGCGUUAGACUAACACAGCUACCUACCUGAAUCUAGAACCAUGCAAAAAAGUUAUUCUCAACAUUUGGACAGCGCUGAUGAUUGAGAUUUUUGAGAAUACUGGUGUCCUGCUUGUGUAGAGCAGGGAAUAUUGUGUUUAGAUUAAUUUUUGAGCACUUUUGGUGUUUUAUAUUUGUAUCACUUUUUUGAAUUUUAAAUGUAUUUUGUAUUUUAUUCUAAAUAACUCUGGAAUGGCUCUGAAUGUGCAAAGCAAUAUAUAAAUAUUACAAGUAGAAUAUAUCUACACAGGAAACUGCUAGCUGUCUGCCUUUAACACACAUGACAGUAGGCUUUUUCUCUCUUGUAUUCUUGGCAGGAAUUCUACACCAUGUUAGGCUCUGGGUUCAAGGCCGAGCGCUUGCGAGUCAACCUACGUCUUGUCAUCAAUCGCCUCAAACUGUUGGAGAAAAAGAAAAGUGAGUGGACUUUCCUACCUAAUUCCUUGACCUCAUCACCAGAGAAGUGAUUCAGGAGGUUUCUGGUAGUUGUGGUGAAAGCUUAUACUACUCAGUUGGUCUCUAGGGUGCUACAUUUUAAUUUUUAAAUUCUUUUGGAAGGAUUCUUUUAAAGACUUUCUUAGAUCAUAUAACUUUUUUGAAGACUUGAUUUUUUAAAGGGAGUUUUUAGGUUUUUAAGAAUAGUCUUUUUAACUAUCUUUUAAAAGAAUUGUUUUAAUUUAUUUUGACAUGUCAGAGUGUAAGUGUGGAAUUGCUUGUGUGUGUGUACUGUAUUUCAAAGAUGCUGAGAAUUGUGGUCAUUGGGAUGGGGGUGUGGAUUCUGUGAAGAGUUCUUAGGUUUGUGGACUUGUGUCCAGUUCUAGCCCCACUAUACUCAUUGAAUGGACAUGGUUACUUAAUUUCAAUAUGUCUAUUCUGAGUAUACCAUAUUUUUCACCCUAUAGGACGCACCGUCCCAUAAGGUGCACCUAGUUUUUUGGGGGGAAAUAAAGGGGGAAAAAAUUAUUUUCCCCCCAGGUGCGGGGCUGGGGCGGGGGAAGCCCGAGCUUCCCCCGACCCCAGCCCCCAGAACAGGCAACUCUCCGCAAGCUGUGGGAGCCCGGCACCGGGCUCCCGCGCUGUGCGGAGAGCUGCGCAAAGUCUGGGCGUGCUGAGCUCAGCGCGCCCAGGCUUCAGCAUGCAGGCAACUCUCCGCAAGCCGUGGAAGCCCAGCACUGGGCUCCCGUUCUUUGCAGAGAGUUGCACGAAGCCUGGACACAGGCUUCAGCAAAAGCCUGUGUUCGCCCCAUAGGACGCACACACAUUUCCCCUUCAUUUUUGGAGGGGAAAAAGUGCGUCCUAUAGGGCGAAAGAUACGGUAACUUAGUUGGAGACAACCCACAGUCCUUCUUGGUGGAGCCGCUCUCUUUGCAUACACAAACACCCCAGGCAGGGCCAGGGCAGGCUUGUGGGCCUCCCCUGCUGCCCCAUGAUGAACCCUUUUCUUGCAGCUGAGCUAGCCCAGAAGGCACGGAAGGAAAUUGCUGACUACCUGUCUGCUGGCAAAGAUGAGCGGGCUCGCAUCCGUGUGGAGCACAUCAUCCGGGAGGACUACUUGGUGGAGGCCAUGGAGAUCCUGGAGCUCUACUGUGACUUGCUUCUGGCACGCUUUGGCCUCAUACAAUCUAUGAAGUAAGGUCUUGGCCUAUGGGGAAGAGGGUGCUGGGUGCCUGCCACGUGUCCCCUCCCCUCGGUCUGCUAGGUCUGGGACCUAUUUGUCCUCCUUGUCUUUCAACUACUUGUUCACUCUUGCCUUACUUUGUGUCCCUUCAGGGAGCUGGACUCCGGCCUGGCAGAAGCUGUCUCCACCCUCAUCUGGGCUGCCCCCCGACUGCAAGCGGAGGUGGCUGAGCUGAAAAUGGUGAGUGGUGCCAGUUGUGUCUUGGCAGGCUGCUCAGCCUUCCUGGACAUCUGGGGGCAGCAGUUGGGAAAAGACUUUGAUCUAUCCUCACAGGAUGCUCAAAGAACUUGGUGACUUUCUUGUUUGAUCUGGGAGUUUAGGUUGGCUCCAGUCUCCAAACUCCUGAACCUUUUGUCCAGGGGUGCUGCGAUAGUUGCUGUGCCCUGUCUUAAAUAGAGGGGAGUCAGUGGUGCCUGGACUCUGUUUUGAGUGUGCCAUUUCCAUACUAGGUUGCUGACCAGCUCUGUGCCAAGUACAGCAAAGAGUAUGGCAAGUUGUGCCGAAGCAACCAGAUUGGGACCGUCAAUGACAGGGUGAGUGGAAUGGGAAGGGCAUCAUGGGGGUGAGAUGGCGGUAAGGCUCUCAGGAGCUACUAACCACAAUGGCUACGUCUUCCUCUGCUGUCAGAAGUGAUCUGCUCCUGAAGUCAGUUGCUGGGAAUCGCAGGUGAAGAAGAGCACUGCUGCUGCUCCACUCAGGGGCUUCUUGUUGGGGCAUCUGUUUGGCCACUGUGAGGACAGGAUGCUGGGCUAGACAGGCUGAUCCAGCAGGCUGUUCUUAUGGGAGGGAACGAUAUCAGUGCUUCAUAAAGAUGAGUUGUUUGCAGCAGGUGGUCCUGCCUGUGCUGCUUCACCAGGCAAGGUAGAAACUUAUAUUUUUUCUGGCUUGGAUAUCUCUUAGCUAGGUAAGUGUUCUUGACCUGCCCAGCUCAGUGAAGGGCUCACUCUUCCCUCCCUCCCUUCCAGCUGAUGCACAAGUUGAGCGUAGAGGCACCUCCCAAAAUCCUAGUGGAGAGGUACCUGAUUGAGAUCGCAAAGAACUACAACGUGCCCUAUGAGCCAGACUCUGUUGUCAUGGUGAGUGACUGGGAGGCGGUUCCACUCUCAAUUCCCUCAGUAGCAGCUCCCUUUCCCACAUGUGACAUCAGCUUCUUCCUCUUCCCAGGCUGAGGCUCCCGCAGGCGUGGAAGCUGACCUGAUUGAUGUGGGAUUUGUGGAUGAUACAAAGAAAGGUGGCCAUGGAGGUGGUGGUGGCGGCGGCUUCAUGACCCCAAUGGCUGGUCCUGAUGGAGUUGUGCCAAUGCCAAUGCCUAUGCCCAUGCCGUCUCCAGCUCCCCCUUUUGCAUACCCACCUCCAAAGGGACCAGUAAGUCCUCUGUCUUGCUUGAAACAGGAGGGGAGUCUGUAAAGUUGGGAUUGGGGGUGGUAGUGGGGGGGGGGAAAGGAUAGCAGUCUACUGUGGUGAGUUAGCAUCUGAGCACACCUCACUACCUGCUGUGUGAACAAGGUUUUCCAGCUGUUCUGGCAGGUAUUGCCUAUCUGAUUAUGCCAUUAGAAAGGGGUGCUGGUCUGACGUAACAAUUUCUCCCUUUAGGAGCACUUCAACGGGCUACCGGUGGGCACCUACCAGCCUUUCACCAACCUUCACCCACCUCAGAUUCCAGCAACACCUCCAACAUACGAGUCUGUAAGUACUGCUGAUGAAAAACAAAAGCUGAAUUGCUGGGAGGGCAAGUCCUCUCUGCUGGGACUGUUGCUGUCCCUAGUCUAGUGCUGGGUAUUGGCAGGCCUUCCCACUUGGACUGACUGAGGAGUUGCCAUCCACUGGAUUUGAGCUUGCAGCAAACUUCAUGCACCUUUGAUAUGAUUUUGAUUUAUUGCAUUUCUAUGUUGGCUUUUCAUUCAUUCAUUCUAUGUUGCUUUUCAUCUCAAAGCAGCUUACAAACAAUAAAUAGCCAUAACAUAAUAAAACAUACUAGCAUGUCGCGAAUACAGCAUACAUCAUAUAAAAUAAUUAACAAAUUAUCAAUAAAACAUCAAUAAAACAGUGGCAAUCUAUAAAAAUCUUAAGAAAACAGCAACUAAAAAAUAAGCUAAACCUCACAAUUACAGCAAGUCAUGUGAUUAACAAAUCAAUUCGGCAUUUAGAAUCUAUAAAACAAUAUUAAAAACAUUAACAAAAUAGCAAUUAAAAAUAUAAGCUAAGCACUAAGUUCAUUCACACAGCCUCUGUACCCCCAUGACUCAUAAUCUUUCACUCUGUUCAGUUCAUUAUAAUACACAUAUAUGCACAUAAUGCCAGAUGUUGCACUGGCUGGGGUCCUUGAGUAGUGGGCCAUGGUGGAGAUGAUGGGGCUCUUAGGCCUACCGCCAGUGGUAAGGUGGAUGUUGCCUGCCUAGGCAUUGUUGAGGAGAAACUUGCCCAGGUCACUUUCAAUAAUCAGGAGUCCCAUUCCCACUUAAGGAAGUCCAAGACAAGCCUGUCCCUCUGGAGCAGUGAGUGGAAACUACACUUGGUAUAGAGGCCGACCAGGAGGUCCAGCAGUGGCCCUGCAGCCUGUCCACCAGGAGCUGCUCCAGCUUCUUCAGCCGCACCUUGGUUGACGAUGUGGUGGUGGAAGAGGCAGCCACUGAGGGGAGCGAGCAGAGCAGCUACUUGAGUCUACCAGGCAGGAGGGAGGGGCUGUGAUAAUGAUACCAAGGGAGCCCCAGCAUGAUCUCAGCAGCCUGGAUGAGCUUGCAGGCAGUGACUCAGAGGUCACCUUGGUCUCAGAGUCCAGGCUGCUGCCCAUGGAAGGCAUGAGCUGACGUUGGCUGGCAGGGGUGGAGGAUGAGAUGUGGGGUGGGUUGAGCAGCUACAGAGUGUGGAAAUGGGGAUGUGUCCACCUUCAUGCCCUUGUGCUUGUUCAGCUGCUGCUCUCCAGACUUCUGUGGUUGCUGGUGGUUCAUGUCAGGUUGAAGGUGAGACUGCCAGCGAUGGUUAAGAGCUACAGGCCAUCCUUGGGGGACAUAGCCAGGGCCACUUUCUAGUCAGGUAGUCAGCCAUGCUGAACGGCUCUCCCUCACCUAUGGCACCACCAGGCCAGGCUCACCACCACUGCUUCCUCCUCCUCCAGAUCCCUCAUUUCAUCCUUCCUUCUGCUGUCUGGCAAGGCUGCAUAAAGAAGAUGGGAACACCAGAUAUGGUGCUUCUGCUGUGCAUGUAGGCCUCUGGGGAGUUGUCAGGUGGUGGUUCUGUGUGGGGUGCUCCAUGCAAAGCCAGCUUUUUUCUGUUUCAGAUUGAUGACAUGGGUGCUGACAAGGAAUUGCCAUCCCCACAGGUGACCGGUGAGUGCAGGGCCGAAGGGGAAGGCUGUGGAGCUGGCAAGGCAGUGAGGAGGGAGGGAGGUGGUGAUGUCAGGGGAAAGCUGGUGCUUGUGUUUAUUGUUGGUCCCCUUCACUCUUGUGUUCACUCUUGAGUUGCUGAGGUAAGCAUGUGCCCAUGUGUGUCUGUGUUGGGGCAGAGACUGGGACUCUUCAUGGCAGAGAGCUUGAGCCCCUUUAGCAACUGGUAGGAGCUGCAAGGCUCAACUGAAGUGCAGCAAGUGCUCACUUCUGCAGGACAUAUACUAACUGUAGUACAGCAAAAAGAAGAAUGGUCCUACCCCUGCCCCUACUACUGUUGGGUAGACUACUGUUUUCGCUGCCUUGAGCCUGCCUACUGCUUGUAACCAGUCACUCUUGUCUGCUGCAGGACCAGCCCCAAAGCCACAGCCGAGGGGGAGGCCACCAGCUGCAGUUCCUAGUUCGGGUGAUAAUUUUGUGCUGCCAGAGUUGCCAUCUGUGCCAGACACGCUGCCUGCCGCUUCUGCUGGUGCCAACACUUCCGCCUCAGAAGACAUUGACUUCGAUGACCUCUCUCGAAGGUUUGAGGAACUGAAGAAGAAAACUUAAAAAGAGCCCCUGAACAGGGGGCCGAUGGGCCUGAUUGCUGCCUCCUCCUUUCCUCUUAGCACGGCCAAGUGCUCGUUCCUCUUCCUCCGCUUGGCCUUUCUUCCUUCUGUACUUACACCAAAUGCCACUGCUUUUCUGACAUUCUGCUCCAGGAGUGGGGGACUGCACAGCCUCUUUGAGAUAGGAGCAGGAACAAUCCCUCCGAAUGCAUUGCUCUGCAGUCUGCAGCCGGGCAUUAGAGGGGAAAGGGAGUGAUGUAGGUGGCCUCUCAUUUGGACAGACCAUGGUGUAGGGACACCAACCUGAAGAUUCUGGGCAACGUAGUUGGACAGAAGCGCGCCCCCCCCCCUCCAGGCAUGUGCUGUGGAAGGGGAGCUGCUCUGGGCCCCUGAUAGCUUUGUUUUGCCUGCCGCGUUCUCAGGGAGCCCUCCGGGGCCAUUAUGACUUUCCUUUGGGGAGGGAUGCUGUGGGGCACAGGAGUUGACCAGUCUACACUCCUUGUGGCUCAGUGGUCCUCCUGCCUCUGGCUUGCAGAGCAGCAGACACAUUCUCCUAGCUUUGAGUGAGCCCAGUUCUGCCUUAACGUGGCUCUGCAUCAGGCUGGGUUCAGGGCCAUUGCUUGACAUGUGCCAUCACUCCUGGUUCUCUAGCCUCUUCCCUUGCCUAUAGGGCAAAGCCAUGGGUGGUGGUGGUGACAGCAGCAGCAACACAUCCAGCAACUUCUGCUGCUCUUACAGACCAGCUGCAGUGCCAGCAGCCAACCUCAGCUCUCCCAUGUAACACUCUGUAUGUAACUCUUUCAUGUGGCUUUUCUGGGACAAUUUGAUUGGUUUGUAUCUUCUCUAUUAAUUCUAAAUAAAGUUGAGGAAUAGCCUUGACUGGA